CAGCUCAGCGGUGGCGGCUCUGCGCCCUCGGUCCUCCCCCCUCCCACCCUCCUUCCUCAGCUUCCUGCUCCCUCCCCCGCCCGCCCUGCGCAGCCAGCGGGGACUGCUGCCCGGAGCUCCCCCGGAGCCUCAGGUGGCAGACACUUCCUCUGUGGGACACAGAAGAGUGCUGGUGAGCAGAAAGGAUGCCUCCUAAGUUCAAGCGCCACCUAAACGAUGACGAUGUCACUGGGUCUGUGAAGAGCGAAAGGAGAAAUCUUUUGGAAGAUGACUCAGAUGAAGAAGAGGACUUUUUUCUUCGGGGACCAUCUGGACCAAGAUUUGGACCUAGAAAUGAUAAAAUUAAACAUGUUCAGAAUCAGGUGGAUGAAGUCAUUGAUGUAAUGCAAGAAAAUAUUACAAAGGUCAUUGAGCGAGGAGAGCGGCUAGAUGAACUGCAGGACAAAUCAGAAAGCUUAUCGGAUAAUGCAACUGCAUUCAGCAACAGAUCCAAACAGCUCCGAAGGCAAAUGUGGUGGCGUGGAUGCAAAAUAAAAGCCGUCAUGGUUUUGGCUGCAGCUAUCCUUUUGCUAAUGAUUAUCACUCAGAUCAUCCUGCACUUGAAAAAAUGAAGUUUUACCACCAUCAAAACUAUCAUUACUUAACACCUGUGAAGAUCAACAGAAAAAUUCAAGUAGCUUUGCUAAUGUUAGUUGAUGCCCAGUGAAAUCAGGUCACGACUUCCAUGCCUGAAGCGUGCCCUUGUGGUUUGUCUGUAACAGAAGCCUCUUCCUUGCAGCAGUUUGUGAUGAAUGGGCUCUUCCUCCUGAUCAGAACUCAGUGGUGCCUGUGGUCUUUGAUUCCAUUGUCUUAACAAAAUCCAUUGGAAAUUGUCCCAAAAUUGUAUGAACUGGGACAUCUAUUGGUUAAGAGAAGGUCCAGAAUUGAGGAUGGAACACUGUGUGAGGUGGAGAAAGAGUAGUACACAUGAGGUGUCCUUACAGUUCAUCCCUGGGCUCUGCGUUAGAAAGUACUGUUGGUGCGUUAAUGGCAGAGUUGACACCUUGCUGUUCUGUGUAGCAUGUGGGUACCCUGUAAAUACACACACACAGGCUGAGGCCCAGACAUGGAAGUUGCUUAAAGUCUCUCCUUGCCACUUCCAUGUGGUCUCUGUCCUGUCAGCACUGUAAUACAACAGACUUGUAUUCACAUCUUGUAAAUACUUUAUGGUUAGAAAAUACACAAGAGUCUUUUCCACAUUGAACACAAAUGUUACUAGUUGUAUUGAGUCAGAGUGUUACUAAGCUAGGGACUGUACUAUCAGUCAGAUUUUGUGUUUUCACAUAGAAAUGUUAUUGGAAAUCAUUUUUACUUUUCCAUGAGUGGCAGUAAGAACACGAGCCCAUCUGAACACGUUUUGGGAAGGCAGUUGCCAUAAAACAGUGUAAAGACAAUGAGUCAGAAGGAGCAGAAAGGGACCAUCUUAGUCCAUACAAAUGCCGCCCUCCCUUAGACUGACAGAGUUUGAUCCUAUUUUUGUGUGUCUUGUUUUUGAGACUAUGUGACCCACGUUGGCCUCAAAGUCGUAGAGAGCCACCGGCCUCUGCCACCUAGGUGCUGGGAUUAAAGGUUUGCCACCAUGCCCUGCAGCCUUUUUCUUUUUGAUCAAAGAAAGAAUUUUUGGGCUCAAGUGAUCUUUGUAACUUAGCCUCACAAGUAGCUGAGACUACGCGUAGGCACCACCAUGUGCAGAUGGGUCUUCUCUUUCAGCCUGAUGUUAGUCUUACUUGGAUAUUUAUUUUCCUAUGUCAAGUAGAAUAAGGGGUGGGAACACACUUUUAUUCUGGCUCUUGUUUUAUUUUGCAAAGCUUCUUAGAACAAGUGAGUAGGGCUGAAAAUAAAAACAUUGCUAAUCCAGUUGGGAUAAUUGUAAGCUUGUAGAGCAAGGACCAUGCUGCCCUGUUGUCUCUCAGCACUGCAGCUCCCUGGCAGAUGCUAGACAAAGGUGAGGAGAGAGAGGGCUGUGCUUCAGAAGUCACACUGUGUUGGUGUGAGAACUGAUUCCCAGUGUGUUUUGAGAGGUGUCAUGAGUGAUCUAGGUGAUUACCUAGAGAUAAACAUGUUCCUGUUAUAAUUGAGUAUAGAAAAAUUUUGGUUUUACAGUGUUACAUUAGCUUCUUUUCACUUGAAAAGUUUAUAAAAUAAAAUCACAUUAUUUUAAAGCUGUAAAUUGCAUAUGUCCAAGGAUUUAGUAAAAUGUUAGCGAUAAGAAAAUUCAGCAUUGUUUUUUGUCUUAGUUGUAUGUCAUUUUACUUCCCACGAUCCCUAAUUUAACCAUUUCGGCAAGUGCCUUUGACAUUUAAGGGGUAUGAUGGGAGAUGAGCAAAUGUAGGUGCCACACCCCUUUCCCUGACUUCUCAAUUCCCCAUGGUCAUUUCUGUUCUACAGUGCUACAAAGUUCAGUCCUUUGUGUUCAUGUGGAAUGUGUUUGUAGUCUCUCCAAAGUAAACAGCAAAAUAAACCAUUUUGUAGAAAAAGAA